AUGGAUCAGACAAUCCAGCGGUUGCUGAACGACAAGCUCUAUGACAAAAGGAAGCAGGGGGCUUUGGAGCUAGAGAAAGUCGUCCGCGAUGCCGUUUUCCAAGGAGAGCAGGAGAAAAUCCAGAAGAUCGUUGAACAGCUCUGUCACGACUAUGCUUAUGCUGUGCACCAGCCCCACGCUCGGAAUGGAGGGUUGAUCGGUUUGGCGGCUGCCUCGAUCGCUCUGGGAUCGGAAGGGGUUGCUCCGUACUUGGGUGAAAUUGUUCCGCCUGUGCUGGCGUGCUUUUCGGACCAGGAUGCGCGAGUGCGGUACUAUGCUUGCGAGAGCAUGUACAAUAUUGCUAAGGUCGCCAAGGGAGAAAUUCUGCUUUUCUUCAAUGAGAUCUUUGAUGCUUUAGCUAAGCUUGCAUCGGACUCGGAACUUUCAGUCAAGAAUGGCGCGGAGCUUUUGGAUCGGCUGGUGAAGGAUAUCGUGGCUGAAUCGGCGGCUUCCUAUGUGUCCAUUCUACAGCUAUCUGAGAAGGAUCGGACGGAUCCGGACGCUUUGGAUGACCCCGACCUUCCUACUGCGUUCUCUCUUGCGAGAUUUAUCCCCUUGCUCCAGGAUCGCAUCCAUGUGAUCCAGCCGUUCACCCGCAACUUCUUAGUCUCGUGGCUUACUCUUCUAGAUACAAUCCCUGAUCUAGAGCUUGUCAGCUAUUUACCGGAUUUUCUGGAGGGAUUGAUAAAGUUCCUUGGCGGGCCUAACAAAGACGUUAAUGUUGCGACCCAAAACCUUCUCGAUCGGUUCCUGGCGGAGAUAAAGAGGAUCACACGACUGAAGAGGGGAAUUGAGGAAAGUCGGAAGGGUCAGAAAAGCAACAGACACUCCGCUGCAAGUGACGCCAUGAGCGUCUCGACCGAGCAGAAUGUCAACGCCGAUGGAGCAAGUGAUUCCAAGGGUGACAUCGCCGUUGAGGACUCGGACUCAGAGUCAAUCUUCGAUGGGGAGAUCAUUCAAGCCGACGGGGACUGGAUCCCCGGACAGGAUGUACAAAUCGAUCAUCCCAAGAUCCUUGGCAUCCUUGUCGGCUUUGUAAACACCACCUAUGAGGAAGAAAUGCAACUGACGGCCCUUCGUUGGAUUGAUGCUUUCUUUGAAAUCAGCCCGGAGGAUAUUUUGCCUUUUGUUCCGCGUCUUUUGACCCAGGUGCUUCCAGCGAUGUCUAGUGGCUCAGAUGGAGUACGACAAGCAGCAAACCAAGUCAACAAGUCACUCCUCGAGUAUAUCUAUUCUCUAUCUGAUGAUACAACUGAGGAAACUCAAGCCUCAUCGAAGAUUCCAUCUACCACUGCCAGCAAAGAGACCAUAGAGCGAAGGUCAUCUACGCCCGGAGUCAGACCCUCGGAGACGGCGAGCAUCGACAUCAGAAAGCAGUCAGCGCAGGAAGCAUCCGUUGCAGCCACACCACGAAGCAGCGUUGUCUCCACGCCCCUCCCUACUGCCGACCUUGAUUACGCUGCUGCUGUUAACUCCCUCACAUUACAAUUCCUCAACGAGAACGAAGCUACGCGAGUGGCAGCUCUUUCGUGGCUUAUCAUGCUGCACCGCAAAGCACCACGAAAGGUCGUCGCGUUCAAUGAUGGCACCUUCCCGGCAUUGCUGAAAACGCUAUCAGACCCUGCAGAGGCUGUUGUAACCAAAGAUUUGCAGCUUCUUUCGCAGAUUUCCAGAAACAGCGAGGAUAGCUACUUCACUUCUUUCAUGGUGAAUCUACUGCAGCUGUUUUCUACUGACAGGCAUUUGCUUGAAGUGCGCGGAAAUUUGAUUAUAAGACAGCUAUGUUUGAACUUGAGCCCGGAGCGUAUUUACCGGACUCUGGCAGACUGUCUUGAGAAGGAGGAAGAUCUCGAAUUUGCCAGUAUCAUGGUGCAGAAUUUGAACAACAAUCUCAUCACUGCGCCAGAGCUCUCCGAGUUAAGAAAGCGCUUGAGAAAUCUCGAUUCAAAAGAUGGGCAAAUGUUUUUUGUUGCUCUGUUUAGGUCAUGGUGCCACAACGCUGUGUCCACCUUUUCUCUCUGUCUUCUUGCUCAAGCCUAUGAGCAGGCAUACAACCUACUACAGAUCUUUGCAGAACUCGAGAUGACAGUCAACAUGUUGAUUCAAAUCGAUAAGCUGGUGCAACUCCUUGAGUCUCCAGUAUUCACCUACCUCCGCCUCCAACUUCUGGAACCCGAAAAAUAUCCCUAUCUUUACAAAUGUCUCUACGGCGUCCUCAUGCUCCUCCCCCAGAGCUCCGCCUUUGCAGCCCUCAAAAACCGCCUGAACAGUGUCAGCAACAUUGGCUUCCUCCACAGUGGCCCCCGCAGCACCGCUCAAACCGCCCCAUCCUCAUUCGACCGGUCCUCCGGCACACGCCUCAAAACCCGCGACGAAAACACCAUCCGCUGGGUUGACCUCCUCGACAAGUUCAAAUCCGUCCAGGAACGCGCUCGCCGCUCACAGGCUUCCCAGCGCCAUUCCCUGGACUCCUCGGAUACCCUGCUCAACCCUACCCUCACCGCUGCACUCUCUGCCGCCGCUGCUGACCGGUCCAAGGAUCGAUCCGGUCUCCCUGAUGCUCCGCGCGGUGCUCCGGCUAUGAAUCCUACUGGUAAUGCUGGAGCUGUUGGUCCUGGAAUUGGCAAUGCUGCCAGUCGUGGGUUGGAUAGUGGUGUGACGAAGUCUGUUAUUCCGGGCCCAUCCCAUAAGCAUAAGUCUAGUCUUCCUAACUUGGGACGAUUGGGUAUCGGAGGGCGGAAGAAGAAAUAG